AAUUUUUUCCCUUCUGCGUAACCACUCCCAUGAGCUGCUGUUGCCUAAGUUCUCUAUCAACAAGCAGCAUUUGUAUCUCCACCGAAAGCCUGGGAUCUGGAUUGGGUUACAGGCCAUCAUUUGCAUGAAGAACUGCGACCAGCUGCAAAGUGCUUCUGGAAGACAAAUCCUUUGUUAAAGCACUUCCCUCACCAUCUCUUGGAAGUCUUCUGAUGAAUUCUGGCAUGUUCCUGCUGCUGCUCACAGGCUUGACCCUUUGCAUGUCUGAUGUAACAAAACAAGAAGAAAGUUCCGAUCUUGCUAUUAAGGAGACUCAGGGACAAUUGAAUUUAGUGUGGAUGGCUAUCCUGUACCCACACAUUUAUGAGCAUCUGUACGAAGGUAACUGGACGUAUGCCACUUGCGAAGUGACGCCCAGUGCUCACCUAGAAGCUGGCAAACCACAGGUGACGGGCCGUGUUCUGUUCAAACAGAUUUACCCACAUGGAAAACUGGAGGCUAUAUUCUACCUGGAUGGGUUUCCCACAGGCACCGACCUAAAUGGCAGAGCUAUCCACAUCCAUCAGUUUGGAGACCUCAGCCGUGGCUGUGAUUCUACCGGGGGGCACUACAACCCUUUCCAAGUCUAUCACCCUCACCACCCUGGGGACUUCGGAAACUUUUACCCUAAAGAUGGCCAAAUUAGAACAUUAAUGACCAACCUCCAGGCUACACUCUUUGGUGCCCAGGCUGUUCUAGGAAGAUCAGUUGUGAUUCAUGAGAAUGAAGAUGAUAUGGGGAAAGGGAACAAUGCAGCCAGUUUAGAGAGUGGGAAUUCUGGGAAACGUUUGGCUUGCUGUGUCAUUGGAUAUUGCAAAAAAGAAUUGUGGGAAAAGGCCUAUGCGGAGCUUCUUCAGAUUUAAAAAUAAGCAUUCAACAGCCAGGCCUAGGGGAAAAUCAAACAACAGCUUCACGUUUGCCACAAUGGCUACUAAAUAAUAGGAAAUAUUUCCAUUCUGUAAGCAGAUUAGUAGAAAGCAGCAGCCCUUUGUUUGAAAGUUCUUAUCUAGGUUUCUUUUCAGCUUCAAAGUUUAGCAUCUCACGGGAAGAAAUGCAUAUUUUGCUACUGAGAUCUUGAAUGGUCCUGUUUGUGUCAUUAUCUUUUGAAAACCAUCUCAAGAUCAAGAAAGCAGGAGGAACAAAAAAAGGUAAAAAUAAAAAUCUUCAACUAA